AUGAACAAAUGGAUUUUAUUAAAUUUUCUUAUUUUCGCGAAUAUAUCAAUUGAAAGGCAAUACGUUAAUGCCAAUGCCGCCAUUAUAACCAGUGUUAAUUAUGCCUUUGAAACUUUUAGUCCUUAUGCCCUGAUACGUUUUUUCGAAUUCAGUGAUAAGGAGUGGAAUAUAACGGAAAAGUGUUUUAGGGAUAUGUAUGUGUAUGUGAAUGGCUUGAGAAAUGGUGAAUACUGGGCGGUUAAAUUGUAUGAUGCCUCUAGUUAUUAUGCCGGUGCCGCCUUUUCGGGUACCUCAUUACGUUUACAUAAUCCCAAUGUUUGUCGUCUUCUAUCCAAACAAUUUAAUGAGUAUUUCAAAGUACCGCGUCAUCAUUCGGAGACACUACUAUACGUUUUGCCCUUCGAUGUUCAUCUUAUAUCGGGACAUUUUCUUAUGGAAAUUGCCCAUGACAAUUUUUUUCGGUUCGAAAAAAUUCAACAAAUGAUUUGUUUUCCGAAAUCGUGUACCAAUGCGGACAUGGAGACUAUUCUAGAUGUUUAUCUCUUUCAAACAACAAUUUUCGUUAGAAAUAUAACAUAUUUAAGUCAUCGAAUUGUAACUGACAAUUACAAAGUCUAUGAAGAUUUCAACUUUUAUAUAUUGAUAAUUAUACUUUGUGGUUCAAUGUUAAUACAUCUAACAGUUUUUAUAGCCAGACAUUAUAUUAUGGAACUAAAUCGUUCCACUUUAAGUGAAGAACAUAUGAAAAAACAUGCGGUUGGUUCAUUUAAAAUUAAUAGUCUAAAAAAUAUUGCAGAAUGGAAAAAUACCUUGGAAGGUGUAGAUAUGAAACAAUUUACUAUGAGGCAUUUCAAAACAAAUGAAAGAGAAAGUUUGCCAAAAAUCCUCUCCAGACAACAUUCCUAUUGUUUUGAAGAACUUUUGGACUACGUAUCUUUACCCAAUGUUAUAUAUAAUUUACUGCAGACUUCUUCUACUCCCCUAUGCGGCUUGAUGUUUAUGUUUACCUUCUUUUUUAUCUGGUUACACUUGGUGGCCGAAUAUAGUUUUAUGUCCAAUAACAUGGACUUGGAUUUGUCUAAUAACAAAGUAAAGCAACGUGUUGUUAUAUUGCAGCGUUCAGCUUAUAUAAUGAACGCGUAUUUUUUGAUUAAUGGUGCUAAUUUAUCUUAUGAUUUCUUCAAAUCAUUACCAAAGGACAAGCUAAAUGUUUUUGAGCAAUUGAAACACGUUUUUAAACUUGUAGUGAAAAAACUUUUCGGUUUAAUGCCUUCGUAUACAUUUGUGUUAUAUGCAGCUCAAGUGUUGGACAAAUAUUUUCAUCAUAAUGUUAUCUUGGAAUUACCUUCACGAGAUUAUAAGAAUUGUGCCCAAAACAUGUUUAGUAACAUUUUCUAUAUGGACACAUAUUUUCCACCAACAGAAAGGUGUAUGCCUUGGACUUGGUUUAUAUCAUUGCAAGUACAAUUUUAUGUUACAUCAUGUUUACUAAUGCUGCUAGUCGAGAUACAAUUGCGUUAUUCCAUCAUUAUAGGUACCACCAUAUUUUGCAUAUCAAUAGCAGCAGCCACAUUGUGGUCUCUGGGACCCAUCUAUGAAUAUGGUUAUACUACAUCUCUGCUAUAUGAAUUGGUGAAUUUCAAUUUGAUAUUGGAUAAUAUUUGUUUGUUUAUAAUUCCUCAUCUAUUGGGCAUUUGUUUGGGUCAUAUCAUUUACAAAAUGAAUCAUAAUUUCAAUAUCAAUAUAUUUUUUAUGGUCUCAGGUUGGCUAUUCUCCAUUACUCUCAUUGCCUUUUAUAUAUUUGGUCUAAAUGUGAUUUUGCAUCAUGUUAAUAAGUUGACCAAAGCCAUCCUUAUUGUUACUACCCAUAUAAUUUGGUGCUGUAUUUUAUUUUGGACUGUUAUAUCAGCCAUGUCGACUAAUGGAGAUAUAAUUUACAAGAUUCUAAGCUUCAAAUAUGCCCAUGUUUUCGAAAAACUAACACCGAUUAAUUUAAUCAUAACACCGAUAAUAAUACGUCUGCUAAUAUUUACGGCCGAUGUGCCCAUAUAUUGGUCAACAGGACAAACGUUAGCGGUUUUUGUGGGUUGUUUACUACUGAUAAAUGUAAGUUCACUGUUGCUCUACAUUUUGCUAGAUGGACCACUAAUGGCUGCACUUGAAAAUUUACUGGGCAGUAGUUUAUAGGAAGUAGUGUGAAUAAAACUAACGAAAAUAACAAAAAUAAAGAAUUAAGUAACAAUUUAAUGAAAAUGUUUGAGAGAAAAAAAACAUAAUUUUCUGUUUGUAAUCAUAACAAUUACCAGCAACAGAUAAAAUGUAUAGCUAUGGACCUAAAACAACAAUAACAACAACAAUGUAACAAAUGCCUUUGAUUAACGGUAAAUGUUGGUCAAUUUUAAUUACUCCUUAUAAUAAAUUCGCCCUCUCUUUCUUACAUACACUCGUUUACUCUUACUUUCUGUGAGAGUUUUGUAAAUUAAGUAAAUAUAACGGCAGCAACAAAACAACAACAUCCUAGCCAUCAUCAGCAACAAACA